CCAUUUCCUCUACUCAGUGGGAAUGUCAUGGACACAAAAAAUACAAUGGAAUCACGUAAGUCUUAUUUACCAUGGGAUUGCCGUAAUUUGAUUUAUAUUCUACAGUAGUAAUAUUUUUGUUUUCUCGGAUCGUUUAAGCUGCUGGUAGCGAGGGAAAACUAAUGUUUGUUCGCUCCGUGUUUGCUCGUUCCCAGUUUGUGUGUGGUACUUGGUAGGCACACUGUAUUGGUGCCUUAUAAAGUAAAGUAGCCUACUGCUCUAAAUGUACUUCUUUUUAAGUGCUGGGUCUAAUUUAAUGAAAUAUUUUAGUUUAUAUUUAUUAAAGAGCAGAUAUUUCUAAUUGAGGGGGAAACCUUGAGGGCAUUUCCUAUUGAAGCCAAAGUGAAAGUGCCUCCCUGCAUUCUUCGUUUUCGCUUUUCAUACUGUCCAUAUAAAUCCAAAGCAUCACAACAUGUCGCCGUUAUAUUCACCUAAACAAGAGCGUAGAAAACAUAAUGUGUGCAAGGAUGAAGCAAACCAAAAUGUGGACUUAUAUUUUUGUGACACUUUUGACUCUGCAGAGUCAAUGCUCUGCCUGCGAGGUGCUCAGGCGAUACAGGCUGAUAAGCAACGAGUCUCUGACCCUGCUUUUGCAAAUGGGUGCAGAUCAUCCUACACAAAGGGUGCCUUUUCCUGGAUCCCUGUACAAAUACAUGGACAAUGCUAAGGUGGAGGACCAGGUGAGGUUUCUUACCUUGACCUUAGACCAUAUCAUAGACCUCAUGGAUGCGAAGGAGCAAAUGAGUUCAGUAAAAUGGAACCCCAAGACUGUGGACAAUUUUCUCAAUGUCCUGCACAGGCAGUCGUCUGACCUCAAAGAAUGCGCGGCUCGAUACCAAAAAGCAUCACAUACGUCUUACGAGAGAAGAAUAAAGAGGCACUUCAAGGUUUUAAAGAAAAUUCUAAAGAAAAAGGAAUACAGUGCCUGGGCAUGGGAGCAGAUCCGCAGAGCUGUGAGAAGUCACCUGCAAAGAAUGGACAUCAUGACAAGCAAUGCUAAGACCCUCUUGAGACUUUAAGAAAACAUCAAACCUCAUGAUCAGGGUAAAGAAUUGCCCUGUGUUACAUUCCAUAAAGCAAAGAGGAGUCAAUUUGCCAUAUGAGCAAAUGCAAAAAAAUGACUGAUAUGUGUUAUAUGUAUUCGUUUACAUUUCUGUAUACCAUUUUAUUAAGGUGUUUUAAAAGCUGUUUUAUUUUUUCUAAUCAAGACUUGAAGUGAUCAAAUAAGCUUAUGUUUCUCAUACAAAACGGGUUAACUGAAAUGUAUUUUUAUAAAGGUAUUUUUUAUGAUGCUUAUCAAUAAAAACAAACUGCAGUUUGCUGAGUUAGCCUAAAAUUUGUUUGGGUUGCAAAUGCAUUUUGUAAUUGUCUGAUAUUCAGUUCUUCUAUUUGUUGGCUAUAUUAACUUUUAUUUAUUUUCAUUUUAUUUACCACUUCUGUAUCAGAUUAUAUUUAUUAAUUUUGUAUUUAUUUAAUGUUUAUUUAUUUAUACUUGUUUUGUAAUUGUCUUAAUGUCUGAAAAAUGUUUUAUACUAUUUAUUUAAUGAAAAAAUAAAUGUAUUUAUUGAAACUGA